AUGAGCCCACUCUCGUCGCCUUCAAACUCUAGUCGCUUUUCCGAUGUGCUCACCUUCCCACGCAACCAGAGCAUGUCGGAAUUCGAAGUUGAGCAUUCGUCGGGCAAGGUACCAGUCAGUCCUCCAAGGUCACGGAGGAGAAAGGCGUCGCCCGACCUCGAUAACGAAGCAGCAUUCCGAGCCAGUGUCUCUGGUCUAGUCGCUGCAAAAGCACGGCCAUGUACAGUGUCGGGACGUAUACCCAUUGACCCUGCGAUUCUUACAUUAUUUUUCCGCUCGAAGAGCUGCAUCACCCAUUCAGUGGACUUUCCCAUUGAUAUCGAUCAUGAUAUGCCCCCAGCGCUGGACGUCUUAAUUGCUGCGUGUCAACCACACCCUCCAGGCAUUGAUGGUAUUUCCUAUCCGGGAAAUGAGUCCUACUUUUACCCUAGGGAGCUCCCUCUAACAACGACACUUGAGAUUGCGAACCAUCCUAUUCUUGAUGCCGUGCGCAGUGUUCUCUUCCCUACCCUACCAACAGGACACUAUCUCACUGCCAUCCGAGACAAAGUCGAAAUCGUUCUGAAGGGCAACAACAUUCCGAUACAGCGCCGGCCCAAUGACAAUCGGGUGGCAACGAUUAUUGUUACGCUUCCCGUUCGCUUUCGCGGGGGUGCAUUGAUUGUACGGAACCCGAGUGGCUUGGAGGAGCGGUUCUUUGGCCGAGGCGGGAAGGUGGGCGAUAUGGAAUGGACAGCAUUUUAUUCGGACUGCGAUCAUGAGGUCGAUACCGUGCAGAAGGGGUGCAGGGUAACGAUUAGUUAUGCCGUGCAACUGAAGACCUUCGGCUUUGGCCCAGCUGCGGUACAGCCAGACCCGUUAAUAUCGCCUAGCGAUAAGUUCUUGGACAUGCUCUCGCCAAUCCUGAAUAUGUCCCGAGGGCGUCGGAUCGCCUUCUAUCUCACAGGAGAUUACAGCGUAAACCCCGGUGAGGUGCUCGCGGAGUCCCUCGUGCCCAACCUCAGAGGGGGCGAUUCAUUACUCUAUCACGCAAUCAAACUGUACAAACUAUCUCCCGAGCUGCGCUGGACGGCUGGAGGAUACAUUUGGCCGGUUGAUCAGUCUGUCGAAUUUGGGGACGAUGUCAACGAUAGCCCGACGCCGACGCAUGUCCAUAUGCCCGUCUCGAUGGUCAACGGAGGGCCCAUUCCGACCAUGCGUGGAACCUUCAGCUCAUCUGCAUCCGAACCUGGCGAGGAGGAAGAAGACGACCUUCGCACACGGGUGGAGAAAAGCGGCGCGAUCCCUCUCUCUGAGACGGAUAUCAUGCUACUUCACGAUGUCACUGUACAGGGUCCGAUAGCAAAGGAGAGGGUACCGUUCGUGCAAGCAGGCGAGAUAGAGAAGUUGGUCGUAAACGUCUUGAUGGUGGUUUUCGUCCCGUGA